AGAACGCACAAGUUCUCUCUCCCACUCCAUUUUUUGCUCUCCAAAAAUGGAAAAUCGAUUCAAACUACGAAUCUCUCGCAUGUUCCGAUCCUCGUUCGGAUCCUGCCGGACCCGGAAAAUCUCCGACGUCAUCGAGAAACCCGUUUUCACACCUCAAACCCACAACAAUGCCCUAUUGUUCAACCCUUCACCAUCGCUGUCACCGUCGCCACCACCACCAAAGGCUCGACCUUUCCCUUCCAUUUGUAAACCCAAACGCCAUGAAUCAACCCAAAGCGCCAUUAACCGUGAUUGUGUCAUGAUUACACAGAGAGAAACUAUGCCACGUCGUAAAGUGUUUGCUCGUUACCCUCCUUUUGUUGUUUCAGGUUCAGCCCUUGGUUUUGAUGGCCGGAAAUGCCCUACCGGUAAUAACCCUUUGUCGCCAUUGAAUCUUUUCUCCGAUUGUAAAGACUUUGGUUUCUAUGAGGAGAAAAAAAGCAUGGCGAGACACAGAACGAAGAAGAAAAACAAAAGGGUUCAUCUCAAAAGCAAGAAUACGUCGACCAGUGCCACGUUUUUCAGCUCAUCUUCUCAAGGAAGUGCUAAUAAUUAUUACAGUAAUCACAGUGGAUGGUGGUGGCUUAGCAGCGAAGAUGAAACCGAGGCUCUUUUCUCUUCUCGAAACCUCUCGUCUGAUUCAUCCGAGUCAUUCACCGGUCGGAACCACCGGCGACGUUCUGAACGGAGGUGUGACAAUGCUCGUCGGAGAAGGGCCAAGAAUCGGAGCUGCGACAUGGGUGUUUUACCGUUGGAAGGGACCAAUGAUGCUGAUGAUAAUAAGAGCAAAGUGAAAGACAGCUUUGCUGUAGUGAAACGUUCAAGUGAUCCGUACAAAGAUUUUCGGGCAUCAAUGGUGGAGAUGAUCGUUGAGAGACAGAUGUUUGGUGCGGAGGAUCUGGAACAGCUGUUGCAGUGCUUUCUGUCGUUGAACUCUCAUCACCAUCAUAGGAUUAUCAUUGAGGUUUUUACCGAGAUUUGGGAGACAUUGUUCUGUAACUGGGCUUGAGAACGAAGUAGCUUUUUAUUAGUUUUUAGAGUUCUAACUCUGAGUUAACGUUGUUAAUUAAUGGGAUAAGCCUUUUGAGUUUCAAAUUAUGAUAUUAGUAUAUUCCCUA